GUCAACUAACACAUUCGCUCUUGACAAAUGACAGCUGCCUGAGAGAGAGAGAGAGAGAGAGAGAGAGAGAGAGAGAGAGAGAGAGAGAGAGAGAGAGAGAGAAUAGGAGAGAGGAGAGACCCUUCCCGAUCGCAUCUCUCAACUGGAUUCUUCGCGGCGGCCGUUGAUGUCUUCUGGCUCCAAAGGUUCUGAAGAUCAUGUCUCGAAAGGCGCCGCCGCUAUCGCCACAUCGCCGAGUGACAGGGAGGUCCAGUAUUCCGGCUGGGUUUAUCACUUGGGAGUCAACUCUAUCGGCCGCGAGUACUUCCAUCUCCGCUUCCUCUGCCUCAGGGGCAACUUGGUCCUCAUGUACAAGAGGGAUCCACACGAUGACCCUGGCAUUAAACCUAUCAGGAAAGGCUUUGUUAGCCAUUCACUCAUGAUCGAGGAACUCGGGCGUAAGGAAGUCAAUUCUGGGGAAUUUUUUGCAAUCAGGUUUUAUAAUCGUUUGGAUGAGAUGAAAAAAGGAGAAAUUGCUUGUGCUACUGCUGGAGAGGCGCGCAAAUGGAUGGAGGCAUUUGAUCAGGCCAAGCAACUUGCAGCAAAUGAUAUUCUAAAAGCAUCACACUGGCGUAAGCUAUCGAUUGACAGCGAGCUCAAUUUUGAAGGCCAUCGGCCCCGAGUAAGGCAAUAUGCACGUGAUUUGAAAAGGCUUAUAAGAAUAGGAAAAGGCCCAGAGACGCUUCUUCAGAAGACUUCUGAACUGGGGGGUCAUUUGAAGGCAGAUAGAUAUCUUGAAGGUGAAGAAGAAGAUGCCAUGGAAGCACAUAAGUGGAGAUGUGUUUGUACUACAAACGGUAUCAGAGUAUUCGAGGAAGCCAAGGAUUUGAAGAGCGGCAAAGAUUUUCUCCUCAAGUCUGUGGGUGUUAUUGAUGCAAGUGUGGAUACUGUGUUUGAAGUCAUUCUCAGCCUGGAUAGACAUAAGAGAUACGAGUGGGAUAUGUUUACAGGUGACUUGGAACUUCUAGAAUCAGUUGAUGGGCAUUAUGACGUUGUUUAUGGAAUCUAUGAUCCUAAGCUCUUAACGUGGUCCUCCUCGAGAAAAGAUUUCGUCUUCUCCAGGCAGUGGUUCCGUGGGCAAGAUGGGGAAUAUACCAUUUUACAAUUUCCAGCUGUUCACAAGAAACAACCUCCAAGACCUGGCUAUCAACGUAUCAAUCUUAAUCCUUCUAUUUGGGAAAUCAGAAAGCUGAAAACUGCCGACUCUGCAACUUCCAAAUGCCUUGUGACGAGGAUAUUGGAAGUUCAUUCAACUAUUUGGGAUAGAUUGAAGAAGCGAUAUACCUCACAUUUUGAGAAGACCAUUCCUUAUGCUUUACUUUGUCAAGUUGGAGGGUUAAGAGAAUAUUUUGUUGCAAAUCCUUCACUGGCUCUCGACUCUUCCUCCACAGUUGAGCAUUCCAAUAUUUUUUAUGCCUCUUCCACCGCUUCUUUGGAACCUGUGGAUUCAGAAAUUAAUGAUGAGUUCUAUGAUGCAAUUGCUUUUGAUGGCCCCCUAGAAGAUGAGGACAGUGAAAGUGAUGAUGAAGAGUUUUCCAAGGCUGGAAAAGUGAAAUUGAAGAACGUUUCUUGGGCUAUUGCUAGUUUGGCUUUAAUGAAAAGUGCAGAAACAGGGGAGAUAAAUGAACUGGACACUACCUAUCCUCCUGUUACCAUAAAUCCAAGUCAAUUCCAUGGUUCACUACUUCAAGGGAAAGGGGAAGCUGACACCAACUGCUGGACUAAGCCUAGUGAACCAGGAUUUAUGAUAAGGGGGAAGUCUUACUUAAAAGAUUGCUCUAAGGUUCCGGGGGGAGAUCCUCUUCUAAAGCUUUUAGCAGUUGAUUGGCUGAGUGCAGAAACUUCCAUUGACAAAGUUGCGCAUCAUCCCAACCGUCUAGUUCAGUCAGAAGGUGGAAAAAAGCUCCCAUUCAUUCUUGUGAUAAACUUGGAGAUCCCUGCGAAGCCAUUUUACAGUUUGGUUCUGUAUUAUGGUGCUGAGAGACCCAUAAAUAAACAGUCACUAUUGGGAAGAUUUGUUGAAGGAAGUGAUGUGUUUCGAGAUUCAAGAUUUAAACUUAUACCAAGCAUUGUGGAGGGGUAUUGGAUGGUUAAACGUGCAGUCGGCACUAAGGCCUGUCUUCUAGGGAAGGCAGUCACAUGCAGAUACCUUCGCGAGGAUAACUUUCUAGAGAUAGACGUCGACAUUGGCUCUUCAUCAGUCGCCAGACAUAUCAUGGGUUUAGUUCUUGGAUAUGUCACUGGCAUUGUUGUUGAUCUAGCAAUUCUAAUCGAGGCCAAGGAAGAAAAUGAACUUCCUGAAUUUAUUUUGGGGGCAGUUCGCUUAAACCGACUGAGGCUGGACUCUGCGGUGCCAAAUCCUUAAAUCUCUACUGCUCUUAAAUAAAAUAUUAUUGCCCUAAGAAUUCUUAUGAAUGAAUGCUCAAUUUAUUUCAAAAGAGUAAGCAAAUAAAUCGUAUUGGUGUUUUAUAUUAACUAUUCUUUUCAAUGAAUUGAUUAUUUAUGGAUAUACCCAAUACUAAGAUGGUUAGAAUUUGCUGUCUGUAUAUCAAGGCCUUGUCUGUAGAGUAAUGAUUACAUUUACUCUAUCAUGAUCUGACAUUGCAUAUUUGGAUCAUGAAAACAGGUUUGUGAUGUUGAUGAAGAUUGUUGUGUCAUUUCCUGAUACUGGUGCAAUCUUUGAUAUUUUAGAGCUGUUUAUGUUAAUGAAAAC